AUGGACGUUGGGAACCAACAGAUCCAGUCAACAGACCAAUUGGUUAAAGCCAGCGACCGUCUUGCCCUCUACCAGAAACAGCUCCUUCAAGCCUCAAGCCCAUCACCACAAACCACAUCUUCCAGUCGCAGUAUCUCAACCGCCGCACAGGCAGCUAGCCAAAUGUCUCGCGAUCCCAUCACCUGCCAUGUCCUGAACACUCUGACGGGUACCCCCGCCGCAGAUCUCCCAGUAACUCUGACAUUCCUCGGGAGCAGCAAUGGCAGCAGCACCAGCCAAAGUCCCAUCACGUUCAGCGCAACGACGGACGCAGACGGACGUGUGAAGAGCUGGACUGCCACCGCCGCGACGACUACGACAGUUUUCGCGGUACUUUCGUCGCUCCCGACUGCGGAUAGCAAGACGAACUGGGCGGUGCGUUUUGACGUUGGGCCCUGGUAUGAAGCGCAGGGGAUCGAGAGCUUCUGGCCGGAGGUGGAGGUGAAGUUUACAGUGAAGGGACGUGGACGGGAGGGAGAGGAGGGUUGGCGCCACUACCAUGUGCCGGUGCUGCUGGGGCCUUGGAACUAUUCUACUUAUCGGGGUUCUUAA